AAUCGGGAUGUUUCUCAUGUCGCAUGACAAAAACACAGGCCCCCUCAGCUAGCACAAAUGCCAAAUAAUUCGCUUGAUGAGCCUAUUGGCUUGAUUGAUUGUAAUAACGUUCAUACACUGAGGAUAAACAUUUUUUUUUAUUUUGGUCAAACGAUUUUUAUAAUUGUUAAAAAUGUGGUGAUCUGCAUAAUAACGGUUAUAGAAUAUAACGAUUCGUUAUUGGUAUUCAACAAGCCUACCCUAAAUAGAGCAGCGAUGAGGAUGGCGCAGCAGUGUUCAGGCCUGAGCGAAAGCAGCAGGCUGCAAACCCCAUGGUUCAAGGCACCAAGCGAGUAACCCGUGAAAAGCAAAAGUACAGCAGCAGUGAGAGCGAGGAGGAUCGAGGAAUAACUGUGGCCUACAAGUCUUCACGCUCAGCAAAACCACUGGGACCAGAUGACAUGGGUGCCACUGCCACAUAUGAGCUGGAUACAGAGAAGGUCAACGAUGCACAGGCCAUAUUUGAGAGAAGUCAACAGAUACAAGAGGAGAUAAAAGGAAAAGAAGAUGACAAAGUCUACCGUGGAAUACAUAACUACACAAAAUUCAUCAAACCGAAGGAAACAGCAAUGGGAAAUGCAUCGUCUGGCAUGGUCAGAAAAGGGCCUAUCCGGGCUCCUGAGCACUUACGAGCUACAGUACGGUGGGACUACCAACCUGACAUCUGUAAAGAUUAUAAGGAAACUGGAUUCUGUGGCUUUGGUGAUAGUUGCAAGUUUCUGCACGAUCGCUCAGACUAUAAGCAUGGCUGGCAAAUCGAGCGGGAGCUGGAGGAAGGCCGCUAUGGGGCUACAGCGGAAGAAAAUUAUGAAGUCAGCAGUGGGGAUGAGGAUCUUCCUUUCAAGUGUUUUAUCUGCAGGGAGUCAUUCCAACACCCAGUUAUCACAAAGUGCAAGCAUUACUUUUGUGAAAAAUGUGCCCUUCAGCAUUACAAAAAGUCCAAGAGGUGUUUUGUAUGUGGACAACAAACAAUGGGGGUGUUCAACCCAGCUAAAGAACUGAUUGCUAAGAUGGAGAAGAUAAAGCAGAAUAUGAAGGGGAAUUCCGAUGAAGAUGAAAAGUCUGCACCACAGCAUUCUCAUAAUGAAUAACAAAUUCUGCAUCUUCACUUUCUACUAAUUUCUGUCUUGACGCAUUUGUAUUGAGCCUCAUUUUUACUGAAAUCCCUGUCAAUUUACAGUAAAUAUUGUCACGUCUUCACAGUAGAUUUUAGGUAUUGGCUAUAUGUUUUUGUAAAUAAACUUGACAAAUGGAAUUAUCCUAUGUUUUUUUGCCCAUGUUAAGGAAACUUAUUCAACUAUCCUAUACAGUUAAACAUGGAAAUGUGAAUUUCAUUUCACUGGGUUCUCAUGUUGCUAAAUAGGCAAAGUGUGGAUACGCAUUAUCCUUUGGCAAAAUAGCUCAAUCACAAGGUCAUGCGUGGACUUUCUGGUCAGGAGAAUAGGUGAGGCUGCACUAUUUGAGAAAGCAGAACUGGUUGUUGUGUUAAACGUAUGUUCUUGAUUAUAACACCUGAUUCGGCCUUUUGCUGUCAUGUUCUUUGCAUGUCAGACUAGGAAGAUUGCCGCCGUGUUGGUAUACCUGUUGUCUGCUUCUUUUUGGGUCUUUUCCAUAUCACAUUGGGUUAAAAUAAAAAAUAUACAAUUGCUGAGCAAGGGCCCAAAAGCCCAAAACGUCAAACAGCACUCAAAUUCGUAACAGGUAUUAAUUGAUUUAUUGAUUUGAGCAAGGUUAUGUAUACAUACACAGCUACUUGUCCCUGAAUUUCCCCCCCCCCGUUUGAAUUGAUACAAAUUUAAAAUAUAUCUGGUUAUUUUGCAUUGGGGCUUGUUUUCUCUAGUUCCUGGCUGUUUCCUGCCUUUCCCGUGCUUCGGUGUGGUAGCACAAGGUCUCUUCAGAGCCUGCGCGAACUAAAUGUUAGUAGUACAGGGCCUGAGCUGUGUCAUUGUGGUGCAGUGUUGACCCUGAGGCCUGCGCAAUAUUUGUGGUGGCAUGUGGUCUGCUUGGAAUCAGCUUGUGCUGCAUUGUGCCUCUGUUGGAACAGUUCUUGGGGCUGGACACAGGAAGAGAGGCAUAUGAGCCGUGUUUUUAUUGAAUUUGGUGGCUGAUGUGGAUGGGCAACCUGAUAGCAUACUGGACUGGCCUUUUAUCCCAAAUGGCUAUUUUUUUCAGAAAUGUCAUCGGUGAUUAACUUUGGUGCCUUUUGGUCUGCUUUGCGGGGGGGGGUUCAUUUUAACUUUAUACGUAAUUCAAAAUACAUUUGCUAUUUUUCAUCUUGUUCCCAUAUUUUAUUUCAUUGGUGUUCCGUAUUUUAAUUGUGUUGCAAGACAUUUGUGCCAAAUGAAAAUCUCAAUCCCUAAAUUAGCCACUGCCUCAAGAGGACUGCCAUUACUAUUCAUUGCCUCGUGCUCAUUUAUUACAUUGAGGGGAUGCUGACAACUCGGGAGAGACAAAGCUGUGAAAUAUCCAUCACCAAUACUGAUACAAUUCUUCAUAUGGGCGACAAAAAUCUUUGUUGCAUUCAACUAAAGAAAAGCUUGGUCAAGUAUGACUGACAAUUCCACAGUCCCUCGUAUUAUUUUAGAAUGACGUUAUCCAUCGUUGAACCAUUAAUCUGCUUGGCACAUGCAUUUUAUAUGGCCUGUGAAUAAUCUGACCAAGGAGGCAUUCAAGAAGCUUGGUUUUAUUUCCUGUGCCAAAGCAUUUUUCUAAUUCUGAACAAUUAUUGCUCGAAUACAAUGUAUAAAAUCAGCUGAAGUUAGAAUAUUGUCUUCUGGGAUGAAGCACCCGGUUCCUGCCUAACUAAUAUAAUUAAAUGUAGCAGUGAAGGUUGAUAAUCCAUCACUCACUACAAUCACUUGCAGUGAUGCUUGUCUCUUGCGGUCAGAUGCGUCAUUACUCUUUUGUCACGACUACUCUGGUUACUAUUUUCUUUGAACUUUUGAUGGAUUUCUCCACCCAUGUUGGGGACUCUGGUCUACCGGACUGUUUCAUCUCAUCCACCAUGUUCAACCUUCACACUGCAGGUCACAACACUUGUCUUUCAGAUUUUCCCCUUGCACUGCUCGACUUUGUAAUUUCCAAAGCUAUGAUUAGUUACUUUGAGCUUUUAUUUGUGGCCAGGUCGCUUCUGAAAUAUAAGUUAAUACCUGUGGGCUUUACCAGGUAGGAUGGGGAUGGUUUAGUUUUAUUUGUAUGUUUUUCGGUGAUUUGUUUAGCUUGUACUUUGCACUGCUGUCGUGUUUUUUGUAUUGUAACGUUAUUACCCGUCCCUAUUGGACAUCUGUGAAAAUUAGCUUUAUAGCUCAUCAGAUUCCUCCAGUAUAAAUAUUCUGAUUUCGAACUGUUAUACGUAAGAAUUUGGACAGUGCAGUUUAUUGCGUGACCCAUUAGGCCCGUGCUCGGCAACGGUGUUUAAAAAUAAUAAUGUAGCAUGCCGUGUGACAUCGCCUUUGUCGAAAAGGCUUAUUCAUUGUUUUUAGGUCUUUUAUACAAAGUAUUGGAUAACCUUUUGAUCAAAAUGGCUGGUUUUAUAUUCAUUUAUUUGGUGGUGCCGCUUUGGCAAUGAUGCACAAUCACACACCCACACAAAUAAAAACUCCAACACGUU